UACCACCAGGAAUAUCAAGAUCAAGAUUCUUUAGCGACAAAAAAUUAAGAUCGUAACUAUAAACACAAAAUAACACUAUAAUCUAAUCCUGUCAUACUCUCAGUUUCGAGAAAUGACAACCACAGUUUAUUUAGGAACAAGCUAGCAGAUGUACGACAAUUACAACAAUUAAAAACAUAACAGUUCAAACUGGCCGCGGCCGCACACUGUCCCCACUCCUCCGCUUCCCACUCCAUCGUUACUCGAGUGGAGGGGGAGCGCAUAUCGGGUAUAUAUAUCGCAGCGGACCGCUGCCAAUUCAGUUUAUCCUCUGCUUACACGAUAAAAUUUCCAAGAUGUAUGAAAUUUUCCCCUUCGUCCCGUCUGUUGAAUUUGCUCUGCCAAAUUUACCCGUGGAGCUUUGGGCCAUCAUCUUGAGGUGUUUGGACCCAUCUUCACUUCUAGCUGCUGCUAGAUCUAACGACCUGUUGAAACAAAUCGCCCAAGGAGAUCCUGUUUUGAGGAAGACCAUCAAGGACCAGAGGGUGUUGGAGAAACGAAGACGCCGAGAGGAGAUGCUCAACCCAGGGCUCUUGAUAUCCAUAACCAGAGAUGGACCUGGAAAAUUGUUUGGAUCCAACGCCACCAAAAUUGUUCAAAGACAGGUUCCAGCACGAGGACCAGUUACCACCCCCGAAAAAAGCGCAAAAAAAUUAUGA